UCGCAUCUGUCUGGAGGAGUAGGCGUAGUGUGCGUGUGGGUUAGAGGAGGGAGGGAGGAAGAGGAAGGAAGGAAGGAAGGAAGGGAGGAGGUCCAGGAGCAGCAGAGAGGAGUGGAGAGGGUGGGGUGGGGGGAGUUGAGGUUGAGGGCGACAGCAGCAGAAGCAGCGCUGGUGGGGUGGUUCGUUCGCUCGGUCGCUCGUUUGUUUGCUCGAUCCAUGUACCGACUUUCCAGAGGGCGAGUCAGGACGGAAGGGAGGGAGAGAUCGAUCGGCGAGGUGGAGGAGGAAGAGUGCGAGGAGAUCUGCAAGCGCUAUCUGGUGAAUUGGUCGAUGCUGCUGCUGGGUUGAGGUUGAGGCGGAGGGCUGUGUGUGUUUGUGCGGGCUGAGGUUUGCAGGUGGGAAGGGAAGUGUGCCGCGAUUGGCCGGGGCUGUGAGAAGGAGGAGAAGGAGGAGGAGGUGUGAAGAAGGGGGAGGGUGAGGUGGAGGAGGAAGCAGAGGGCGAGGCGAGGAGAUGUUUGGGGAGGACGCGGAGGAGAGGAUGUAGGGAAAGCUAGAAAUGGGAGGGAGGGAUGGACCAGGAGAAAGGAUUAUGCAGACUGGUCUUUUAGCCGAGCGAUUGGUGCAAUGCGGCAGUGGAUUCUCAGAGUUGGAGCACGCUGUGUUCUGCCCUCGCGCAGUUGAAAGAUGUCAGACCUGCAUAUCACAUGAUCAUUGGGAGUCUGUUCGGCGACCUUGAUUGAUGCUUGUGGUCCUCCGUGCGCUUGAUCUACCUCGGCCUGAGUUCCUCCUGAUGGGAGCUAGAAAGUGUGGAAGAGUCGAGAUAUUGUUCCAGGGCUGCUUGUCAACGAACAGAUUUUACAGGCUUUGAUCCCCUUUCGGCGGGCCUUUUGUUAUCCCCCCUCUCCAUUACUUGUGCGAUCGCAAGUCCUACACCACGAAAAGCGUGUUGCUGAUCAGGUGUUUUAAAUUUAUUUGUAAUUUCAUCGACGGGAGUUGCUUGUCCCUCUGCUGCGAAAUUUCAGUAUCUAUGUUACUUUGUCAUCAGCCAUACAGAUAAGUUUUGGACACAGGAGCUCUUCUAGGAAUUAACUUUAUUCAACAAAUUUAACAUCAUAGGUUGCCGGCAGGCGAAGAUUUCUAGUGGCCCAGAUUCGCCCCGAGCUAAAGAAAGUUCGAACCAGACAGGGCGAAUGGCUGGGUUCAUUCGCAAAAUAUUUGGUCAUUUUGGGGGAAAAAAGGAAGAUCAUAGCAGGAAACAACCACAGGCGCAAGGACAAUGGCAAGGGCAACCAGUGCAAAGGCCGGAAGCAACGGCACCAGGGGGAUUUGGUGUCAAAGUUGCUGUGCCAGUGGAACCGGCCGUUCGUACACCUGUUGUGUCACAAUGCACGUACGGAAAUGGUGGUGUUCAGGGACUGAGAUGGUACGCAGAUAAAUUACGAGUUGAUGAUGACGGUGAUGUUGCACAAGAGUUUCUCAGUGAAGUUAUUCCAGAAACUCCUGGACCAUACAACACGAGAAGGCCUCCUAGAUUUGAGUCCGUCCCGCGAACAAGGCCUGUGAAGUUGAAGGGAGAUGUAUGUACACAUGACGGCAAUGUCCACCAGCACGUUGAAUCCCCAAUUGGGAGCCAUUGGGCAUAAUGAGCUCCCGAAGAAGCAUUGGUCAUAACAACCUUAUACAGAACUGAAGGUCAGUUCUAUGCAGAUUUCUUGAAAGUGUGUUCAUGAAUACCCGGAUGCCGCUAACGACUUGCUGGGGUAUCAGACUAUAUUCGCCUGCCGCAGGAUGGACGGACCUGGAUGUCCUAUUCUGUUCCUAUGCACCACGUCUGUACUUCUGGUUUCCAAUUUUUGUAGUUGUUCAGUACGUACGAUCUUCUGAUUGACAAAUAUGUAGUUGUAGUGAAAGAUGUGCUCCUUGCAUACUCAGCUCCUCCCUGAACAACCUUCGCAAGAAGAUUGCGCUCAGGAUGAAUUUCACCUGUACGGCAGUUCUAUUUUGUAGAUGACAUUCAGUAGCUUUAUGCAUGUGCUCUAUGAAGAAAUAUCUCAUAGACCUAUCUUUGAAGAUAGGAUCUGCACUGAUGGUUAGGUGCAAAUAGAAUUAGUCUUGUACUUAAAGUUAUGCAUUAAAUCAUUGUAGACCUCUUGGUGGUCUUUGAGACUGAGACAUUCGGCACAAUUCGAGCACACUCUCAGACUGCAUCGCAUGAGGACAUCUUGCUGCCAGCUGGAUUCUGCUGCACCUCGAAAUACUCAAUGAUCACAUGCUUUGUGAAUAUGAGCUCUGCAUGCAGUGUCCUACGGUGAUCUCUGACCUGAUCAGACCAGCAGUACUGGGUGGAAUCAGUUACUGUGUGUCAGCUUCCUAGUCUGGGUAAGUAGUUGCCUGUAUCAUGUGAAUUACUGAGAAGUUGAGUCAUAUGAAGAUUGUGGGCUAGUUUGCUCGUGCAAACUCCAAGAUCCGGAGGAUUUAGCUUUUGUACGAACUUUCAGCGGCAAGAUAAACCUGAAGGUAGAACGAACGCGAUUCUUACAGCUUUUGAAAAGCAGCGAGAAGUGGAUGCAGGUAAUUACGUGAAGACUGGAUCAUAGGUUCAGGUAAAGGAACCUAUGAACCAGGGAAGUACUUUGCAUUAACUUCACAUUGCAGAUUGGCCGGACUCAAAUUUUAGUUUUAAAAUCAUACAAUCUUUUAGAGGAUGUAAUCUGCUAUCAAAUCAUGGCAUUGACAAGUAAAGUGUCAUCUGCUGUCUAUGUGCAAACUUUUGAGGGCUCUUCAGCUCACUUUAUAUAAUGGGUAAACAGGAAUUUAAGGUAG